UGACUAGACACAUUGCUCUAUUUAUAAUGGUUGAAUGGCAAGGCCUCACUCCCACACACAAGGGUAUGGGGACACAGGAGGAUGGCCCUGCAAAGAGAGUCGACUGAAAGCUUGGAUCUGGAACUUGUCUGCCUCGGCAACAGAUGCUGGAGCGGGUAAAAAGAUUUAGGUAAAAAUGGAUGACUUAGACCACAGUGUACACCUUGCAGAGCGUGACUGGGAGAGCUUCAAUGAAGAGAGUGAGGAAUGCUGCCUCCUGCAGCCCACUCUUGCAGGCCCGGAUGAUUCUAGCUUGAGUGACUCAGAAGAUUUAGAAGGUGCAGCAAGGCCUGCUGUAGACAUAAGCAAUCAUGAGCCGAAGCAGAUUGCUUGUACAAGGACCCCGCCAUCUGAGCCUAAUGUCGAGGGACUCAGAAAGGCAGACGAGGGUUGCACAAUCCUGCAAUUGCAAUCCUGUCAGACAGGGCUUGGAGACACACAACCAGAUAAUCCACCAGACACACCUGGAAAGGUCAGUGCUCCCCUGAAGAUGAGUGUGAUCCUGACCAUUUCCUCUGAGUCACAAAAGCCAUAUAAAAGUAAUCUUGAUCACUCUGAGAAAGACACUGCUACUAAAGAGUUAACGACAACAGAAAGAGCUGAGCAGGACACAGAGCUAACAGACAAGAGCAUAACAGAUGAUCAAAUGUUCAUGGAGCAUCGUGUGAUGGCUGAACCAGUUCAUGAUGAAGGAUCAGCCUUGGAAUCAUCUAACCAUGCUGGUGGUGCUAGCAGUGGCUUCUCAGAUUUGACAGAUCUCGAAGCAAUUAGUGAAAACAAGCAAAAGGAGGGUGGAACAUCAAGCACAUUGUCAGAAGGCAUCAUUUCACAGUCAGCGUCACCGAAUCGUCAACAUGCAGAGCUUCACAAAAACCCGGAGCUGUUGUGCUGUCCAGAUCAAGCUGCAUGUGAGAGUGCCAGCUGUGAGGCCCCUAGAGGAGAGAAGGAGCGUUGGUUUGUGACUGUGAAUGACAAUACCCUACGACAGAGACGGCAGACUGCCCCCUUGGCCAAAAAAAAAAGAAGAAAAAAACUUGUAAAGAUUUGUAGGAGCUCUGAUGACAAUGUCAAUACCUCCGACUCAACAGAUAAUCCCUACAAAUGUGGCCCAGGGUUCGAAAAAGAUAGAGUUAAUAAAUCUGAGGUAGAAGACAUGGAAAACUUUCCCCAAUCAUGCCAUAAUUCAACAGCACAACCAACCUCUCCCAUAUGUACAGAUCUUUCAAAUGGACAUCUUUUUUCAGACCUAAAACAAAUUACUAUAACUUCUUCAUUUGAAGAUAAAAUCUCUUCAGAGUUUCCCUCAGAUAGCAUUGAUGACUCUAAAAUGUUAAUUGUUAAACAUGACUUAACUGACAGCUUAGAACAGAUGGUAACCCAUGGAGUACUCACAAACAACAAUGAUAUGACAUUUACACAUAUAAAUGAAAAUGCACCGAAAAUGGACAGCACUGAUUCUCAGGAAUUAAAAGACGACACAGACUUCUUUACCACUGCCAGCUUUGAUUCUGAUGAAUAUUUUUUAGCUACAGAUUCUGCCGAGGAACCUCAACAACUGCAUCAUGAAGCACAAUGGAAUCUUACACUGAUGACAAAAAACAUUGUAUCAGAAUACACUUUCUCUGCCUCAAGCACCUCCUCAACCCAACAAAUUACUGGAGCUAAUUUACAGUCAGAUGUGGAUGAAGACUUGCCACAGGAACAUGAAAGUUACAAGGACACAUCCGAUCGCACUUACUUUGACUCUGACAAAACAUGUCCACACAUUGUACACAGUAACCACCCAAUGCCACCACACAGCUCAAUGAUUAAGACAUGUGAUUCUCCACACCGCUCACUCUCUGAUACAAAGAUGGAAAAAACAGUACAUGUAGACAGCAAACUUCUGGCAGACUGUGAGCUUUUAGCACAGGCCAACAUGGUGGUAGAUGCAGAUAGAUGUCCCACUCCUCUUCUUCCUGCUGUAACAGUGACACCUUGCUCUGUUCCUGAAAGCCCUGAAAGAUAUACCCCAUUAGUGCCCACUCGACCAGUGUAUGCCAUCUCUGCAUUCUGGGAUGAAAUGGAAAAAUUGACAAUAAAGGACAUCUUACAACUUAGGAAAACUAGAAGCCCAUCACCAAUAAGAGAGGCACAUCAGCUUCCGACAACAACCGGAGAACAAGUGGAUGUCAUAGAUACCCAUGUGCUGGACAAUUCCAUAGCUGAUUCAACAGAAUACCUGUUAACAGAUGGCCCUCAAGUGGACCCAUCAGAUACUGCAGACUCAGACUAUUUUACACACCUUGAUGACUCCAAACCAGACCGUUCAAGCUGUGAAUUUUCUACCUUCUCUGAUUUUGAUGAGGAAUACAUGCAGUUUAUUGGAGCCAGCACAAAUCCCAGUCCUGAGCCACAGGAUAUAAAACUCCAAGGUCAAAUGUCAAACGAACUUAUGUACUAUAAAGGAUCCUUACAGGAGGAAGACAUGGACCUUGGGACACAAGGGAACCAAGUUGAUGUUGAACAACAAACAGUACAGGGCUUUGGAGACUGCAUCCCAAAUUCUCUCUUUUCAGACAAUGAUACAUUUCUAAGAGGGCUGACAAAAAGCAAAAGUAUGCGAAAUGUAAAUGCCUUUGAAAUGGAGGUGCAGCUAAAAGACAUUUCUUUGCAUUCAAUACUUGAACAGGCAGAAAGAAGUUUGAUUCACAGCACCUGCCAGGUCUUUGAGGACAGCCCGUUCCUUGAAGUGAAUGGCAACAUCACACCCAGAACAAGGUCGCCCUCCCCAAUUUUCACAAAUGUUGAUAUUAUAGAUCAGCAAUAUCAGAUCUCCUUCCCAGAGGUAUUUGAAUGUCUUUUUGAAGAUGAUGAGCCAAGAGAUAACUGCACAGCACUUAUAUAUGACCCGCAAAGCACGUCAGUGCCUGAGAUAUCCAACUGCUCUCUCUCAAAGUAUGGAAGUGGAAUGUUACUCUCUCCUCUUCAGCUGUCCCAGGGCAACGAAGGAGAACCUGUUCCUAUCUUCUCUUGCUCUCACUCAGCUCCUAGAGAUCUCACUUUCCCAGAGCUGGAUUAUCCCUUGUUUCCACUUGACACAUACGCUGAGUCUGAGGGGGAGGAUGAUAGCUCACCUAUCCGAGUGGUGACUCGUGAUGACAUCCAGUCCCAACACGCCGGGUCCACCACAACAGCCUCAUAUGGGUACAAACAACUCUUUAACAGGGAUGUCUGGCAGAUGGAUUGGAAAAGGUUGCUCUCUUUGAGGAGAAUCCGCUUCCCAGGGAAAGGUAGCAGCUGGUGUAGAAGGUCAGGCGCCUGGGUGUUCCCACCUGCAUCCCAUCGGAAAUUGACAGAUAUCGAUACUGACAACCAAGUCACUGAAAUGGUCAAGACUGGGAUCACUUCAAUGCCUCCACAAGUAAUACAACUUGGGCAACAGAUUUUCAGAGAACUUGCUGAACAGCACAGGCAAUUGUUCGCUCUACAGACAUCAGUCUUGAUUAGAAGGAGAGAUGGCCUCCACUUUGCUCUGAAGCAGUCAGACAUGUGUCUUGUCUGCAUUGCCUUUUCCUCCUGGGUUCUGAGGUCCACUGAUCCUCAGGCAGUAGAUGCUUGGAAAGCAGCCCUGCUAGCAAAUGUGAGUGCAAUAUCUGCAAUCCAGUACCUGCGGCGAUACAUGAGGAGGAAGCCAACUGAAGAGGAGCCAUGAUAUGUACAACAUUUAGAAAGGAAACCUUUCCAGACAUUUUCACUUUUGUCUAUCUGUAGCUGGUUGCGGGUGUGAUCCAUAUACAUUUUUAUACUAAUACAUAAAUAGCAUAGAAUCAAAACAUACAGUGCCUAAAGUUGGAGAGGUGUAAAGGUAUGUUGUAAGUUAAACUAAUCCUUAACGUUUGUGAAUAAUAUGUGACAAGUUUUGCAUCCAAGCAUAGUAUCAAACAUU